AAAACCGAGCGAGAGUUUAUAGCGUCAUCUUGCGGCCGUUUGUUCUCAUUGCCCCGUCCCUUGUGUCCAAGCGGUCAUUUGUUGCAACUGCAGGCAAGAUGGCGUCUCCCGUAAGGAUGCUGUGUUUCUCCGCGUUCAGACACUCCUGCCGGUGGUUCAGCACGACGCCGGGAGCUCAAGGGGGAGGAAAGUGGAGGAAAGAACACGGACUUGCACGCAGUGGCAGCGAAUAUGGACCUCUAACAGAUCUACCCGAUUGGUCUUUUGCAGAUGGCAGGGCAGCACCGCCCAUGAAGGGCAUGUUGAGGAGAAGGGGAGAGAGGGAAGAAAUGGCAAGGCGCAUCGUGAUGCUCAGUUCCGAGAUGGAUCGAGGGAUCGAGUCGUGGCUGGAAAGGGAAGAAGAAGCGGAAAGAAUUGAGGAGCGCCGAAAGUCUCUGCUGCUGAAGCCUAAAGGGAAGCUUCUAAAGAAGAAGGAUGCUCACAGUUAGGAAGAGCCUAUCGUGGAGUUAAAUGAAUGCAGACACUCGUUUGAUGGACCGACAACUUUUGGCUCUACCCGAGCCCCGCGGCAUCGUCAAAGCAGUCCAUAGUCAAUCAAUCGUGAGUUGUCGUGGCAUUCUGAACACCUCACAUUGCACCAGAUGCCAGAGUGCUGAUUUUUGCAGUCAGCUCAGCAGUGUGGAAUGGGAUGCAAUGGGAAUUGUUUUCUCCAAAGAGGUAAGCCCGCCACCAAUGCUGCUGCUGCUGCUUGUGCUGAGCUGUCGAGUAGAGUGGGAAGCCCACUAGCCCCCCCCCCCUCCCUCUCUUUAUUCUCCCCCGCCUUGUUUUGCUUUUGAGGAAAUGAGAAGCAGAUGUUUGGCUUUUGUGUUUGCUCGAAGGCCGAUGAGCGAGCGGACAACACAGGAAGCACGUGACAGUGUGUGUUCAUAUUAAAGUGGAAGUAUUCACAGCGCUCAACUUUGACCUCAUUGUGUCGGCUGAAACAAAUUCAUUUUGGAAUACUUUCCAGAUACAAUGUGGGUCAGAGCGCUUAGGAGGCCGUCUUUUUUUUUUUUACCAGAUGUUUUCCAGAGUGGGAAAACCGAGCUCAGGGGUGCCAGCCACUAUGUAGGUCACCGAACCAAAAAAAAAGAAGAAUCCAGGUUGAAUUGCAAGUAGGCGCUUCCCACCAAGGCACGCAGACGCCAGACUGAGAAACAGUGUGUCAGCACAAAAUAAAAACACGAAAUGUCCGACUCAUCAGUAUUCUCCUCAGCGGGGAGAGCAGAUGCCAAAGAAUAAAAAGGCACAUGGACAAGCUCGUUGGCUUUUAUUGAUACACUCAUUAUAAAUAUCAGUAUGGUCAUUCCGAAUCACUUUUGAUUUUGCUUUGAAGAAACUCAGCCCCAUGUGUUCAUCAAUAGCAUGGAUGAUCACCAGCUAAUGUCUGGGGAAAAGGUUUGCACUAACAAUCAGCAAAGCCAGAUUGUUGCUUACUUGCUCCAUCAUUGUCACGCUGCGCCUCUGUCCAGCAGGACUCGUAAUUGACAAUGAACACACGCAAACCAAAUAGCCAACGAUGACAACGUACGUACGUACUUGGAAGAAAAAUAAUAACACCAAUGCAGCGAGCCAUCAUUUACAAGGAAGAAGAAAAAUUAGAAAUGCCUUAAUACUGAUUGCACCGUAUUGUUGUCUGCUGAUCCCCGUCCCGUCUCUGUGCAGAGACGGAGAGAACCAAAUUGUCGGACCGACCCGACUCGUCCCACCUUAACUUGUGCGGAAAGAGAAAAACAACAACAACGCAAAAUGUGGAAAAGAUGCAUCCCUGCGGUUAUCUGCAAUGUCUUUGGCAACUGUGGCGUGGAUUUGGAUGGCUUGCAAUCAAACUGCAGUUGGGCCAAACUCGUCCACUAAGCAAACACUACUCCCAAACAAGUCAGGAUCAAGUGAAAAGGCACCUUUGGAGGCGGACCUAAUUGGACUUUGCGGAUAGCUGCCUUGGCUUCCGAGCCGCCGGGUGAUCCACGCAUUUGUUUGUUAGCGAGCUACCGAUUAAACCCGAACGAAGCUCGGCGGCCGCUUCCCUCUCGCAGCGACGUCUGUUUCAAACCUGCCACGUGUCGAGUCGAAACAACUUGACUUAUUGUGCAUUCAUCAACUCCAAAUCCCAAACUUUUUGGGAGUAGUGUAUCU